AUGGUUGGAAAUUCACGGGACCACCGCCAUACAGGUAGACGUCGGUACCGCAUUGGGCCUAGCGUGAUCGUAGCAAGGACAUCAACCUCGCACGCCACGGAUCUCAGAUACCCAUCAUCAGAAAUCUUUUGUGCACCUACCCAGCAUCAAUGGGGGCAAAUUGAUGGCAACACAGACAUGCCUGAUCCUGAUGUUAUGUUUACCCAUCUUGGGCAAGGUGAAAAGCGUAUUCAAAUUGCCCUGAACGAAUCCAUUAAAUCAAUACAACCGUUUACAUUGAAGAUCAAAAAUGUUAGCUGGUGGUAUCUGCAUCGUCCCUGUCAAGCAUUUACAAAUACUUUUAUUGCAAACGACCGAAUACUGACGCAUACAAUCUGUCUUGGAAGAGGUCUAGAAUGGUUAAGGGCUGAUGCAGCAAGGAAGUACUUCAGACCUACGACAAUACCCAAGGAAUACAAAAGAGCCUCUACGCACGGCAGGAAGCUCUUCGAAGAGACCUCUCAGUUCAAUCUUGGUCUGGAGACUCAAUACGGAGAGAACAUCAUCAACAAACGCCCUUCUAUUGACAUGAUUCCUGCGGGGUCGAGGGCAUCAGAUGUACUCCUUUACCAAGCAGGUUCCCAUAUCCCAAAUCGGCCGUUCCAAUUGAGCAUGAAUGCUCAACGCUGCAAUCUUGCGACUAUUGGAUAUGCGUAUUAUGAUUCGGGUGGGCGGGCCUAUUUGACUUACAGGAUUUCGCCAGAGACUGGAGCCUGA